AUGGACCAGGCGAGCAAUGACAGCAAAAAGACACUUUUCUUUUCCCAGGCAACAGCGAAUGCCAUGUGGGCUGCCGGAAUAUCGCCAAUGAGCGUGCAAGCGGUCCACCAGGCAUCGACAUUCCAGGAAGAGAAGGUUCUUGCAACGAUUGCGGACAGCAAGCAUCAGGUCAAUGUGGAAGCACAACAUUUCAUCUGUCGUGAUGAAGGAAUCAAUGUGGUUCACUUGAACAAUGCGGCUCAUGCACUGGCCCGGCGACAUGCUGUACUACGUUCCCUCUUUUGCCUAGAUGAUGUUACUACAAAAGGACAUCCCAGGCGAAUGACAACGGUGGUUCUUGACACAGAUUAUCCCCAAGAAGAUAUCAAGCUUGUCAGUGAGCAGGCAGCUCAGCAUACGGAGGUGGGGAAUUCCCACUUCCAUUUUCAUGUGCUGGGGUUGCCAGAUACUGUGGGAACUUGCCAGUGGCAGGGAGAGAUGCCAUGGAAGUUAAUAAUCAGCUCAUUGCCUGGCGAAAAAGGCUUUCGUCUAUCACUGUGCUACCAUACUGCAAUCCUGGAUGAGUCUUCGGCUUGCCAGCUGUUGCGCUACCUGUGGGGUGAGCUGCAGGCUCCCGGUUCCGCCGUUGUGUCCGACUUCUUUGCGGUCCACAGGGGCCAGGCUUUCCGACGCAGCCGUGAUAUGCAACGUCGGGUACAAGAGAGAUUUUCGAGUGCACCACCUCUCCUAGCUAGCUUUGGUAGCACAAAGCCACUUGACAAGGAGGGGUAUGGUGUCACGAUUGGCAAAGUGGCCAUGCCUUACCCUCGGGCUGUUGGCCCACAGAUAGCACGGCAGGCCUUAUAUAUGGCACUCUGUGCAUUUGCCAGAACACAAGAGGCCACAUUUUUAGAGUUAAUGUCGCACAGGGGACUACUUCCCUCAACCCAUAGAGAUGUUCUGGGUCCAGUUCUAGUGCCUCAGUUUCGGUGGGCUCAACAUGAUAGCUACACAGCACUCUCCAAUAUUGCUGAGAGCCUAGCUUCGGGCUGCGACAUCCACCACACCUUCUCACCUGGCGAGCUGUGCUCCUUCAUUUCAGACUUAUCGCACCGGGCUUUUGUGUCUCUCGUUUGUCAUACAGAUUCAUGUGCUUCCACUGGAGUGGAACCCUGGAUCUGGGAAGGCAAAGAGUCAUGGUCGGAUGUCCCUUUGGUAAUCGAGCUACUUCCAUGUAGUGGGGACUCCUACCUCCUCCGCAUUUGCUACCACAAUAAUCGGUUCAGAGACAACACCAUUGUGGCAUUCCGACAAUUUCUUUGCGCAUCUCUUGAGUGGCAACAACAUACGCAUGGUGCGUGGCGAAACACUACUUUCGUGUCUCCGGUCGACCAUGUCCUUUGUUCAUGUCCCGAUGUCGCAGCUUACCUGACAAAUCAGGAAAGAAUCCAGACAGGAAUUGGACCCGUUGGUGGGUCAUUAGGGGUCGACGUCCCAAGCAACACAUUAGAAAUCACCAUAGAGGAGUGCGAGAGACCGAAUGGCCUGUGCCUUGCGCAUCACUUGCUCGAGCAGAGUGUUAGAAGGUUUCCAGAGAAAAUUGCGCUGCAAUAUGGAUUUACCGAUUAUUUGACAUAUCGGGACUUGAAUGAUCACUGUGACCUAGUUGCUGGUGCGUUGGCAUGCUGGAUCCAGCAUAUUUACCUGGUGUCUCCCGAUGAUGAAAUUGUUAUACCGAUCUCAUUUGACAAAGGGCUCGAGUUGGUUAUAGCUAUGUUCUCGGUGCUGAAGGCAGGGGCGGCUUUCGUACAUAUCGAUGCGAGCCUACCAGCUGACAGAAUAGCGGGCAUCAUUCGGAUGACGGGAGCACCAUUCAUUCUUUACGAUGGAAAGACUGAUACAGAUAAGCUGAACGAAGUUGCCAGGAGGGAAGGCAAGGCAAUCGUUGCGCUUAAUGAUUUGAGCAAGGCGCAGGAUCAACCUCAACUUCCGUUUACCCGAAAGGUACAACUGCCUUCCUCGCUCGCGUACAUCCAAGUGACAUCCGGAACGACUGGGGAGCCGAAAUGUAUCAUGAUAGAACACUGCAACUUGGUGGCUUUUAUGGAAGCCGACGAGCCGGAGUUCUUGGGAAGUUGGACGACCAGCAAACUGCAGUUGUCAAAUCGUACCUUUGACAUAGCCAUGGCGGACAUAUUUGGCACUCUGGGUUGUGGAGGAAGGUUAGUCCUCGGUCCAGAUGCAGAGAUACUGUCCUCUCUGGCAGAAUGGCUGGAGAUGACCAGUGUGACGGACCUGAAUACGUCUCCCUUGGUUGCAGACUUGCUAAAGAACAAUGUCCCAGCUCAUCUGAGCGUCCUCAUGGUCGGUGGAGAGCCCUUCCACCCAUCUCUGAUAAAAGGAAUCCCUAAGGAAUGUCGAUUAUACAACAACUAUGGCCCAAGCGAAACGACAUUCGUAGCCACUACAUACACUGUAUCAGAGGAGGAUGCAAAUAAGUCAAACGUGCCAAUUGGUCGCUCUUUUGGAUCCUGUAGAAUUCAUAUCCUGGAACCUGAAAGUGUGAAGCGGGUCAAAAGCGGAGACAUUGGCGAAAUAUGCAUCAGUGGGCCGCAAGUAUCCAGAGGGUACCUGGGACAGCCGGCGCUUACUGACAAAAGCUUUUCCCCUGACCAUUAUGUCAAAGAUGAGAAAUGCAAGCUGUAUCGCACUGGAGACCUUGGGCGAUUUUUACCCGACGGGAGGCUUGAGUAUGCCGGGCGCAAAGAUAGGCAAGUGAAACUUCGAGGGCAGCGCAUCGAAACACUCGAAAUAGAAAUGGUGAUUCGGAGAAACCCUCGAGUGAAGGCUUGCGCAGUCACCAUAGGCGAAUCAAUCCAUGGGAUGGCCCUCGUUGCAUUCAUUGAGACACAGCUGAACCAAGAGCCAUCCACCGACGCGACACCUGAAGAGCUGAGCUGGGCAAGCCUGAUAUCCGAGAUCAAGGCCAACUUAUCCCAGAGCCUGCCAGACUAUAUGAUACCAGGGUGCAUUGUGAAGCUCAAAGAUGGCUUACCUCGUCUAGCGAGCAACAAGCUUGAUCAGAAUGCACUGUCAUCUCGAGCAACAGAAGUGCUAGCAAGCCAAGCGUUCCAAGCGGCAGUGGAAUACGUCCCUCCACGGGACGAAGUGGAAAGACAUGUCUGUGAAGCUUUUGGCGACGUUCUUUCUUGCCAGGUUGGUAUUAUAAACAGUUUUCUGGACCUCGGAGGGCACUCUGUCACAGCGAUUCGGGUCGCGGGUAAAAUAAGGAAACAGCUCCGCACUGAUAUUACCUUCCGGGAUGUGCUGGAAUGCUUGACACCAGAAACUCUCAGUGCGCGGAUUCGCGCUUCUGCGGAAGAUACACAGCAAGGUCCAGCGACAUAUCGAACGCCAGAUAGCAUGGUUGUUGAGCAAUCGUUCGCACAGGGGCGUUUAUGGUUCUUGGAACAGCUUCAUCCAGAUCUGAGCUGGUAUCACAUGCCACUUGCAUUCAGACUGCGAGGACGAUUGCACCUCAACGCCUUGGAGGCCGCCUUGCUAGCACUUGAAAAGCGUCACGAAACGCUGCGAACGACAUUCGACGUGAGGGGCGACAUGAAUGUCCAAGUAGUCCAUCCUUUCCAAGCAAAAAGAAUUCGAAUUUUGGAUCUUGCUGGGAACCCUGGUAGCGAAAAGGGGCUGUACUCGGUCCUCUGCCGUGAACAGACAAAGCCUUUCAAUCUCAUGGACGAACCCGGGUGGAGAGUAGCUGUGGUGCGAGUUAGCUCUCAAGAACAUAUUCUCUCCCUUGUUAUCCAUCAUAUAAUUGCGGAUGGUUGGUCAUUGGGGGUGGUUCUGCGAGAGCUGGCAUUAUUCUAUUUUGAGAGCCUCCGUGGGAAAGAUCCCUUGUUACAAUUACCGGCCCUGCCUAUCCAAUACCGAGGGUACUCGCUAUGGCAACGUGAGGAAGAACAGCUCCGGCAGCAGCAACGCCAACUAGCAUAUUGGACGCGACAGCUGCGAGGCAGCCACCCGGCCGAGUUUCCGUGUGAUAAGUCUCGACCUCCUGUGCCAUCUGGACAGGCUGCUGUGAGGGGAAUUAAGAUCGCAGAUGCUUUAUACAGGGAGUUGGCGAGGUUCUGCAGGCGACAUCUUAUAACACCAUUCAUUGUUCUCCUUGCAGCCUUUCGAGCAGCUCAUUACCGAAUGACACGGGCACCUGACGCGACGAUCGGCACUCCAAUAACAAAUCGCAACCGCGAAGAACAUGAAGGAAUAGUUGGACUGUUCGUGAACAUGCAGUGUAUGAGAACUGAGGUUUCAGAAACCGAUUCCUUUGAGGUACUAGUUAAACGGGUAAAGGAGAUAGCAGCAGCAGCAUUCGCACACAACGAGGUCCCCUUUGAGAGGAUCGUCUCCGAGCUACAGCCGACGCGGGAGAGUUCACGCAAUCCACUGAUACAAACGAUCUUCGCAUUUCAUCCAGAGCGUGUUGACAAGAUUGGUCUUGAAGGCAUCGACUCAGAACUGAUGAGGUUGACACAUGUGACAAGGUUCGACCUCGAAUUUCACGUCUACCAGUGUGAAGAAGGCCUGGAAGGUGAUAUAAUAUUCGCCAUUGAGCUUUUCCAUGAUCGAACGAUCGAUAUGUUGCUAUCGAUCUUUCAAGAUAUACUGAGAGUAGGAUUAGAAAAGCCACAUGCGGCUAUUGAGACAAUUCCUCUGUCGAGUGGCACUUCUGCACUUGCCGACAAGGGCUUGUUGGAAGCUCCUUGCUCCCAAUACCCGCGAUAUUCAAGUAUAAUCGAUGUCUUCUCCCAGCAGGUAGCUGCACAGCCGGAUAGAAUAGCCAUCAAGGACAGUUUGUGUCAAUGGACUUAUGCAAGGCUUGACUUGGAGUCCGACAAAAUGGCUAGAUUCUUGCGUGAUUUGGACCUCCCCAAAGAGACUGUGAUCACGGUUUUCGCAGAGCGAUCGUGCGAGACCAUCGCAGCCUUUUUGGGCAUACUCAAGGCAAACAUGGCCUAUCUUCCCUUAGAUAUAAAGUUCCCGGCUGCUCGGAUAGAGUCCAUCCUUUCAUUUAUUGAAGGCAAUAGACUUGUUCUGGUCGGCUCCGGAUGUCAAUUCCCAAUUAUGCACAUGGAUGGGGUGGACAUUGUUCCCAUGGUACGACUGUCGACUGGUCUUUCUCUUAACUCAGCAUAUAACGAAGGUACAUUGCCUAGUCCCAAUAGCCUAGCAUACGUUAUGUUCACCUCCGGCUCCACCGGCCAACCAAAAGGGGUCAUGAUUGAGCACGGAGCAAUUGUGUCACGUGUGAAGGGUUGCAAUAUGCUCGAGAAUGGGAUUGCGGCAGAGCCAUUUGCGCAUCUUUCCAGUAUUGCUUUUGAUGCUGCAGUUUGGGAGAUAUACACUCCCCUACUCAACGGCGGCACUGUCAUUUGCAUUGACAGUAUUACAGUCACGGACUUUGAAGCUCUGUCCAACGUCUUUCAUACUGAAGGCAUUCGUGUAGCACUUAUUACACCUGCCCUGCUAAAACAGCUUCUCGCACAGUCAUCGGCUUCAAUCUCUGAGCUUCACACACUGGUCGUGGGCGGGGAUCGAGCGGAUCCCAAGGACAUGAUCAAAGCAGGCGAGCUAGUUCAAUGUGAUGUCAUAAACGCUUAUGGCCCAACGGAGAAUACCGUUAUCAGCACCUUUUAUCGACUUUCACAAGGCGACGAAUAUCAUAACGGUGUACCAAUUGGACAAGCAGGAACAGCCUCCGGGGCGUAUGUUGUGGAUCAGCAACUAUGUCUUAUGCCACCUGGUGUAAUCGGUGAACUCGUCGUUGUCGGGGAUGGCCUAGCGCGUGGCUAUAUUGACGCACGAAGGGAUGUGAAUCGUUUCGUCAACAUUAACAUCGGCGGUCAGAUGCUGAGGGCGUAUCGCACGGGUGACCGAGUACGUUGCCGUCCGAUAGACGGACAACUUGAAUACAUUGGCCGGUUGGAUGGCCAGGUCAAGAUUCGAGGAUUUCGUGUUGAGACCGAGGAGAUCGAGCACGUUCUCCGCAGUUCAGGACUAGUCGGAAACGCCGCAGUGCUCUUCCAGCAGCCUGAUGGUUAUGAGGCCCGGCUAGUAGCUUUUGUCACGCUGUUGAAGGAAGGCGACAACCAAGGUCCCAUGGAUGAAAUAACAAGGGGUAGAAGAGAAAGGGAAUCAGAACAGGCUUGGAAACAAAUCUUCAGUGAAGUCACUUAUGACAGCCAGAUCGACCCUCGUGAGGCCGGUAGGGAUUUCUCUGGAUGGAAGUCAAUGUACGAUGGCACCGACUUCGACAAAGAAGAAAUGGGGGAAUGGCUGAACGACACAAUCACAACGUUGCUGAAUGGUGCACCGCCAGGAAAUGUGGUCGAGAUUGGGACGGGCUCAGGAAUGGUUCUCUUCAACAUUGCAAACGACCUGCAGAUCUAUGUCGGACUUGAACCGGUGCAGUCGAUAGUGGAAUUUGUCAAGACAAUGAUAGACAAAGUUGAUCCGACUCUAGCAAGCAAAGUACAGCUACACGUCGGAAGCGCCAGUGACUUGGACAAGAUAUCGUCCAACAUUGUAUCGCCCGAUCUUGUGGUGAUGAAUUCUGUUGCGCAGUAUUUCCCCAGUGCGGAAUACCUGUCCAGGCUCAUCCUGGAACUUCUGCGAAAGCAUCAGGCCAAGACCCUCUUCUUCGGAGACAUACGUUCAUAUGCACUAUAUGCUCAGUUCCAGGUCACCAAGGCCCUGCAUGGAAAAGGCGAAAUUAGUCCUGAAUACAUCCGUCAAAGUAUGGAAGAUACUGUGGCAAAUGAGACAGAGCUAUUGGUUGACCCUGCCUUUUUCACGUCCCUAGCAGCUAGAUUCCCAGAUCUCAUCCACCACGUUGAGAUACUUCCAAAAAGGAUGCGGGCGACGAACGAAUUAAGUUGCUAUCGUUAUUCGGCCAUUAUUCAUGCUGUGCGACAGGACUACCUCCCGAUUAUUCACACCGUAGACGCAGACCAGUGGAUCGACUACAGCGCCCAAGGUCUAAGCGGGGACGGGCUCUUGGAGCUAUUAACGGAGAGCUCGGAAGCAGCUGUUGUAGCUAUCGCCAACAUUCCGCACAGCAAGACUCUUCUUGAGAGACUAGUGGUCGGGAAAUUUUCCAAACAGACAAAUAUGACAGACACUAAUUGGUUAUCAUCGGUCCGUCAGAGAGCCGAUGAGCUUAAUGGACUUUCGGCAGUGGAUCUUGUUGAUCUGGGUAACUUGGCAGGGUUCCAUGUGGAGUUGAGUUGGGCGCGCCAAUUUUCCCAACACGGAGGACUGGACGCCAUCUUUCACCGCAUUGAACCCCCGUGUGGACGACAAAGGACCAUGUUUCGAUUCCACACGGAUCAUGAAGGUCGCUCAAAUCGGGAGUUCAACAAUUCACCGAUGCAGGGUCCGUCGGCACGCCAUAUUGAAAGGGACCUCCAGCAAAUUCUGGAAUCACGCCUGCCUUGGUACAUGGUUCCGGCCACGAUACGGAUUCUUGACGACAUGCCUACCAAUCACAGUGGCAAGAUAGACAGACGAGCUCUGUCUGAUAUUGCGGCCACAAUGACACCUAGACAGGCACCCGUUGACAUGGCCUGCGUGCGUCCGAGCAAUAAGUUCGAAGUGGUCGUCUGUGAAGAAUUCGGUCAUGUCCUUGGAUGUGACGUGGGCGUUACAGAUAAUUUCUUCGACCUUGGUGGCCACUCAUUGAUGGCAACAAGAGCAGUAUCGAAAAUUGUUCAGCGAACACAGUGUGCCAUCACGGUCCGAGACCUUUUCGACUGCCCAACGCCACGAGCUUUGGCAAGCAGGAUUUCACAUGUUUGUUAUGGCAGAGGCGAUGAAGAAGCAGAAGGUAACGGAAUUCAAAAAGUUGAUGAGUCUACUGAUUGUGGGCCUGUCGUGCACGAUGGAUGGGACCAGGCUGUGGAUGCGGUCGGGUUUUGUGCAGAGGACGUGGUGCACAUAAUGCCAUGUUCUCCCUUUCAGGAGGGUGUCCUUGCUGCCGACCUCGUCCUGGGAGACCAACCCGCUUAUUUGGCUACCAUGAAGCUGAAAUUUGACGGACACUUGGACGUGGAUAUGUUGCAGUCAGCGUGGCGUUCAACAGUAGCACGGGAGGAGAUGCUUCGAACAGCCUUCAUACCAUCCCCGCAAAAUUUGGCCAUAAACGGAUUCUGCAGUGGAGCCUUUCUGCAGGCCGUCCUCCGGUGUGAUUCCAACGAAGUGGAAAGGGUCUCGACGCUGCGGCAGCAGGAGUUCGAUCCACAGCCUGAGCUGGGGAUGGGUCAUAUACCAGUUUCAUUGGCAUUAAGACAAAAUGAUGCAACAUGUGCAAUCACAAUUGAGUUGACGAUGCAUCACGCACUGUAUGACGAAGCCUAUUUAUCUUGUGUUCUGGAUGGGCUGUCUCGUGAUUAUCACCAUACACACGAUACUAGCCCAACAAACGAUGGCCAGGACAGUCACAUGCCGUUCACAGCGUUCAUCCACACGUUGCAAAGGAAGGAUCGAUCGAUAGCCUCCUCCUUUUGGAAUGAAUACCUACAUGGGACGCCAACAUGUACCUGGCCAAUUUCAUGCGGUCUCAGAGGUCCUAUGAAUGGAGGUCAAAUCCCACAGGAAGCUUGUGCUGAAUGGAAUGGAGAUGCAGAAGCACUGUCAAGAAUCUACGGCACCACCCCUGCCGGUAUUGUGAGAGCGGCUUUGGCUUUGUCCAUUGCUGUACACAGUGAAUCAGACGACGUUAUCUUCGGUGAGGUGUCGAGUGGCCGAGCUCAUUCAGAGUUCGUCAAAGGCCCCUGCAUCGCCACGCACCCGGUACGAAUUUCGCUCCAAGCGGGUGCAAUGCAACAUUAUAAGGAAGGACCACGAGGGACAGUUUCAAUGGAAACGCUCCUCACGCGCGCCCGAGAUGCAUUCUUGGACUCGAUGCCAUAUCAGCAAUUUGGACUCGAAUCUAUUCGACGGUUGACUGAGAACCCUGACUUGCUUCCUUUUCAGGUGCUCUUUGUUUUCCAAGGACAAGUUGCAAAUUCCAAGAAUCAUGGAAGUUCAUGGAGCCGUUUCCGUAUGGCUGACGAUAAGUUGAAACGUACCGACUUUCCCUUAGUGCUGGAAGCGUUCUGUGAAGAGCUCACAGGUCAUCUUCACAUGCGAUGUGUGUUUGAUCCGGUGGCAAUACUUCCGGCAGAUGCAGAUUGGGUGUUACAGCACAUCAUUGAUUCGAUUGACCUCAUGCAAACAUGUUCCAUGCUACAGCAGGGAGAACGACGCCCUGAGGCUAAACUCGUCAUCACUGAGCGAGAGAAGAUUGCCAUCGGGCAAUUGUUGGGCCACGGAAAUAGGAAAUCUUCUUCUGACGAUGGUGGUGCGUUGUCUACCGCUGUCGAACUCUUUCGCAAGCGCGCAAUGGAAAUGCCGGAGAAGAUUGCUUUGCAGGUCCAAAGAAGCGAUUUUGUCACGUUCAGACAACUCGACGAUCUAAGUAAUCAGAUUGCUGUAGGCCUUGAAGGAAUGCUAAACUAUCAAACAAGUGAGACCUCCAGGCAGAGAUGCAUUCCGAUCUUUUUCGAGAAGUCAUUCCACAUGGUUAGCGCCAUUUUCGGCAUCCUGAAGGCCGGAGCGGCUGUUGUUCCCAUGGACAUUCAACAUCCGAUGCAGAGGCUAGAGACAAUAUGCAGAACAACCGCAGCCACUGUCUUUCUUUGGGAUGGUAUGAAUGCUGGCGAGAAGCUACAAAAUCUUGUCAAGUUAACGGGAGCAACUGCACUGACCGUAGAUGAUCUUCUCCAUAAUACCAACCCGACGUACAAGCAGAAAGUUCUACCUCUGGACUCUCUGGCUUAUGUGCUCUUUACCUCAGGAUCAACCGGUAUCCCAAAAGGGGUGAUGGUCGAUCAUCGGAACUUGGCAUCACUCGCGCUGCUUGCUCCUACCUUUGAUGCGGCAAUGGGAGAUUUGUUCGCCACGAUCUGCAAAGGUGGUCGACUCUUGUUGGGAAAGCAACAGGAUAUGCUCUCCGGGUUGAGUCAUUGCUUAGAAGAUCUGAGUGUCACACAUCUGUCACUAACUCCCACGUUGAGUACGCUGAUACUGAACGACCUUGACAACGAAGGGUUAUCUUUCAUGCGCUCUUUAAUCUUUGGGGGUGAGACUUUUCCAGUCAGUAUCCUGGGUCGUGUACCCAGUUCAAUAACGGUCUGGAAUGGUUAUGGCCCUACCGAGACGACCAUUGAAAUAGCAGCCUGCAAGGUACAAGGACCAGAUGUUGAUGUUUGCGGAGGCCGAUCGUUUGUUCCCAUUGGAGAGCCGGGCCAGAACAGACACAUUCGGGUGCUAUAUCCCGGAACUACGGAGCAAGUACCACUGGGUUCAGUUGGCGAGGUGUGCAUUAGUGGACUACAAGUGACACAGGGCUAUCUAGGCCAGCCUGAGUUGACCGCGGAACAUUUCAUACCAGACCCGUUCUCACCGACGGGACGGGGGAGAAUGUACCGUACGGGAGAUAGAGCAAGACUCCACGGAGAUGGAUACCUUGAGUACCUUGGUCGCAUGGAUGGGCAGAUAAAAGUUCGAGGCUUCCGAAUUGACACUGAAGAGAUUUGUUCGGUAGCGCGGAAGCAUCCGCAAAUCAUUGCGUGUGCAGUGAUUAAGCUUCAGGGCAACGGAACUGAAACCCUGACAGCGUGUGUUGAAGUGGAGCAUCAACUCAAGCCCGGAAAUGUCAUAUGUGAAGCCACAAUUAAGGAGCAUCUGGCCCAAAGCCUUCCCGCCUAUAUGGUUCCAGCCUUCAUCUGGGUGCAGACAAAACCCUUACCUCGUACGACAAGUGGCAAACUAGACAGAAUCGCUAUUGCCAAGAUGGCCGAGGACAAGCACAAUGAGAGUUCAAAAGACCGUCUGGGGCACUCUCAUGUGCCUGUGCUAGGGGUCAACGAAGACUCAAUUGACGUCACCGCAGCAUUCCAUGAAAUGGGCGGUGACUCCAUUCGCGCCGUAGCAUUGCUCGCAAUCCUUCGUCGACAAGAGCUGCACCUCGAUCUGAUAGACGUUUCACAGACUUCAACAGUACGGUCGCAAGCAGCCAGAAUUGGAAAGGGGUCAGCUGUCAGACACAAUGCGAACUACCUACAUUUUCAGAUGCGCCAAGGGAGUGUGGCAACAAUUGUCCUUGUUCACCCAUUCCUUGCGCAGUCCACUGUUUUCAAGCCUCUGCUGCCAUUACUAGACGACUCGUUUGAUGUGCUCCUAGUCGACGACCCAUUUAUGGGCACAGCCGGUUAUCCCAGAACGCUUUCUCAAUGGGCCAAUCAUUACUUGACCGAUAUCAAGGAACAGAUUCAGACCGACCACCCCGUGCUAUUUGGGGGGUAUUCAUUUGGUGGUCUCAUUGCAUUCGAGAUGGCCCAAAAAUGGGACCAAUUAUACGGAGCCCAUUCCAGCUCGGUAGUCCUGCUCGACCCUGGUACUUACGAGAUAGAUAAUACAGUACCGGAGAGUGAAAGUGAGAAGGACAGCUUGAUCAUGAAGUCGCUGGGCAGGUCGGAGAUCAGUCCUCAAGACAUCUUGCCGCUUCGAGAGUGCUUCGAUGGGUACGUGAGAGCCUUGAAGGAAUCAGAGUGUCCACCAAUAUAUGAGGGUAAUUGCCUUCAUGUGGCGUUGCCCGAUCGGCUUCAGGAUGGAGUGGUCGAUUGGUGGAAGUGCUGUCCCAACAUCACUUUGGGCGUUGUCGACUGCGACAAUCAUUACGCGUUGAUGAGGGAUGCAAAGUCCCUGACAGUUAUCAGUCAGUUAAUCAAUGAGCAUUGCCACGCCAUUAUAGAAGAGAACCGAGCGGUGAGCAGUGCGAGUUCAGAAUCCCGAUUGUAUGGGGGAUCUUCGAGAACCGACGUGUCGCUGGAAGAUGGAGACGCGAAGGAGCAGCCCAGGUGACCGGUAGGCCUAGCUAGGCCUUGACAGG